AUGCCAUCUUUGAGAUCUCGCAAUUACAGCCGUACCGGGCAGGUUCCCGAUGUUGAAGCUGCUAAAAUUCGACAAGUGCCAAACUUAGAUACGGCAAAUGUCGCUGCAAAACAAAACUCCCAGCCUGCGAUUGAAAACUCAAUAUCUAUCAGCGACCCCGAAGAACCUCUCACAGUAUUCGCGCAACAUGAUUGCUCGAAGAUUGCAGGUGGCUCAACGCCUCCGGCGGCCAACAUCGCUCCCGCCGAAAUUCUACUCCAAAUUUAUUCCAUGUUAACCCCUCGGGACUUUGACAAUGCCCGAAGAACAUGCUCGCAAUGGAUGAGAGUCAGUCUCAACCGCAAACUACUAGAAGGAAUGCUGAAACGGGCCGGAUGGUGGGAUGCCUACAAGCAAGAUGCCGAGAAACAACGAGUUCUUCGUCGCCCUUCCAGGGAAGAAAGUGAUGUUUGGAGAAUGAGCAAGCGAUUCGCAACUGAAUGUCUGCUCUCAGGGCGAAAGGCUAAUGUCGAAAAGUCUGGUUUCGUGAAAUCAGAAAUCGUCGACUUCUCCGGGCUGUCCAAGGGGACGGCCUCGAAGUCUCGGAGAUGCCCUACCAUUGGAUUAUCGAAGGCUGCUCAAAAUGGAAGUUCGUAUGCAUCGUCAACUUUCAGCGUGAGCAGUUGCAGUAACUAUGUUCUUGCAACCACUGGCUGCAUGAUCUAUGUAUUUCAGUUACGUGGAAGGAGGACAACCUCGGUGCUCUCAGCCGAUCUGGCAGACACGAACCUGGAACCAAUUUCCAGUAUCGAAUGCCCGUUUGAGGUUCUAUCCGCGACUUUCGACACGAGCACGCCGCGCUUCGUGGUCGCAGCUUUGUUGCAAAAUCGAGUUGGUAUGGUCUGCGAUAUGGAAAUACCCGAUCACGCUUCGCAUGCUGCUGGUCCAGCAACGACUACGAGGUCACCCAAAUCCGAACCUCAGCAGAGCCCGCGUAGGAUGUCGAGAACAAAUUCCUCAUCUCCACACUUCUAUUACAAUGUCUGCUCGGAGGAUCAUCCCCCACGAACAAUUGCACUCUGCCCUGGCCAUCGAUGCGUGGCAUUCGGAUGCGCAGGAGGCAUUGAAAUCCACUGGGUCGACGAAACAACCCAGAAAGACCAACGCAGACACUUCCCCAUGUCCCAACCCUCAGAAGUCCUCCAUUUCCUACCCAGCACUCUAGAAAAUCCCUCAGAACUACGCCUCAUCUCAUCCCUGACUGGUCCUGGAGUCCACGAGUGCGCAUGCCGACAAUCCCCCUACCCAGACCAUCCCAAGAAAUGCCAAUUCCACCUCCUCACCAACGCCCACUCUCUCAGCCGUCGCAGCCCACCCAAUACAUCCUCCCUAAGCCUUGUCCGAGCUACACAUUGCCACCAUUAUCGCGCCGUCCCCAUCAAUGACGGCUUCCACAUAAUCUUCGUGGAGCCACGCACCGGUCUGCUCUGCAUUGGCUCCGACGCUCCAAUCGGCGGCCCAACAAGUCUAACUCGAGCCUUCGUAUGCGUCCCACCCUUCGGCGAAGAUCCAACAGAAAGCAUCAAAGAAGCCCCUGUCCCGACCGUCUUCACCGUCGGCUCAGAUCUAAGCUGGGGUCUCCGCGUCGUCGCCGCAUAUCAAGAUCGCAUCGUCCUAUACUCCAUCCCACUGGACGUCUUCAACGUGAUUCGCAAAGAACGCCAACGCCAAGGCGAGGGUGUAAUGGGCGAUAGCGAUCUCGCGCGAGACUGGUUCGUCGAUUCAGAGCGCUUCCGCAAACGUCGCGAGAGUCUGGUCCAGAAUCAGAAUGGGGAUUGGGAGUUUCUGUUGAGUGUCAGUUAUAGACCGACUGCGAUGAUGUGGCCGUUCAAGAUCUACGGGAAGGAAAUUGGUCGUGUGGAUAAUGUGGUUGAACUCGCGCUGCAGUCUUCAAACGGUGGUGCCCGGGUUUGGGCUUUCGGUGCCGCGGGUGAAGCGCACGUUUUCGAUAUUGAUACCCUCACAUCGACUGCCCGGACUAUUGCGGAGUCGCCGUGCAAAGUGGUGGCCGUCGGUUCGGACGGGAGUUUGGAGAAUGCUCGACUUGUUGAUCGUGCUAAGCUGGGGACGUCCCCGUUGGAAGGGUCUCGAAAGCGCAAGUUUCCUGAGCUACGGGAUGAUUUUGUCGGUCGAUAUGGGACGACUCGAUUCGUUCCGAGCAUGACAUUGGAUGGUCUCGAGCCUACGAGUACCGUUGCCGCGGCGUUAUCCGAAAAAGAGGAUUCCUCAAUCAGACGCCCGUCGUUCGCGGCUUGCAUUGUCGAUUUCAAAAUUCCUGAAUUGGGCCCUCGAGAAGGUCCGUGGAGAGAUAGUGGGAUCGGGAUAUGA